UUAUAUAUGACGUUCUUUGUAGGUUUCGUAUUUUCGUUUAGUGUCUGUGUUUCCAAUUGAGUAAGUUUAAAAGCAAAGUCUAGGUUCAAAGCGAAGGAUUGUGUGUACAGGAGUAUGCGUGAAGUAGCGGAUUGCAACAAAAAUGUAGAAUGCGUAGUCACGCACCGCAAAUACUUGGACGGCGGCUGGGGAUGGGUUGUUGUGGCAGCAGGUUUUGUUUUCGGAGUAAUUCGAUUUGGAACCGAACGAAGUUUUCCAGUUUUCUAUUUAAGCAUCAUGCAAGAGUAUGGAAUUAACUUUGCCCAAGUGUCACAACUAAUCGGUGCUUUCUUCAUCUUCUUUGGUGUAUCCGGUGCUGUUGCGCCUGUGUUAAUAAAACGCCUUGGUUGUCGCAGGUGUAUGAUCGUGUUUGGCAUCAUAGUCUCGGUUUCUUGUUUCACCGCUUCCUUUCCAGGGCCAUAUUGGAAACUUAUACUCUGCUAUGGCGCUAUACCAGGCGUAUGCUUUGGCGUCCAGAUGAUCGUUGUUUUCGCGGCAGUGAACGAUUACUUUGAGCGAAAACAGCAUCUUGCUCUACAGCUUGUUUUUCUCGGUGCAAGUGCCGGUUCAUUUAUUGCAAACCCUUUCUGUGAAAUCCUUAUACAAAGUUACGCUUGGAGAGGCGCGCUCAUGAUUAUUUCUGGGAUAUUUCUUCACGCUGUAGCAGUUGGUGCUACAAUGCGACCUGUGCAGUCAGCGGGUCAAAUCUGCGACCAGAAGGAUGCAACGUCGGUCGGUAGAGUCAAUUUAUCAAGCAUAUAUUUAAUGUAUGGCGUGAAGUGUCUGUUUUUAUAUCGCAAGCUUCAUUCAAAAGAAACGUGCAGCACUAUUAUGAACAGGGCAAUUCUGUACUUUGAUCUUCGCUUGUUUUGUGAGCCAGCGUUCUAUUUAUCGAACCUGUAUAUUCUAUGUCACUGUGUUGGCUUAUAUUCUUCAUUAUCGUUUUUGGUGCCGUAUGCAGUAAAAGAGUUAGAUAUAUCGAGCAACAGGGCGUCCAUGUUACCUUCAUUCGAAGCGAUCGGUGAAACAGCUUCAAAACUUCUGUGCGGUUUUUUAUUCAACAAAAUACCGAGGCGGAAACAGAAACCCGUUGUAUGUCUCAUAUUCGUGGUUGCGGCAGCGUUAUAUGCGCUUCUACCGGCAAUUAAAAGUUACGAAUACUUACUGUGUGUGUGUGUGGCCAUCGGGCUAACUGUGGGUGGCAUUGACGGCCUCUAUUCAGCGUUUUAUAUGCAAGAUUUUGGCAAAGAAGUUUACCCGUCUCUUUUUGGCUACACGAACGUGGUGGCUUAUUUCAGCUGUACGGUAGCUUCGAUAUUUAUAGGUCAUAUUGUUGAUAUCACUGGUGAUGUAUCCAACGCGUUUUACUUCGGUUCUGCUUCUUAUGGCAUGUCCUGUGUCGCCUUAUUCUUUCUACACAAACUUAAAACCAAAACAAUUACAAUACCGGCAUUGGAUUCUACCUGAAUCUUAAAUUGGUGCAUCGUUUUGUGGUGACCUUUCAGUUAAAUAGGAAAUGUCAGUGUUCCCAAUGUCUAUGCAAUUACCAUCUGCACGUUAAUUAAAAACUGUCAUGUUUUUACAAAACGGUACUUAGCGGGUGAAUGCUAUACACAACUUGAUUUCUUAACUUCUGUUCUCACUGUGUUUUGACGGGAAACUGUUCGAUUUUACCCGAUGCCUAAACCGCAUUGGCAUUAAAUAAAAGCAGUUAAUAUUGUUA